AUGGCUUCACACCUUCCGCCCUUCGGCACCGGCCCCGCCGGCGCCGCCGCCGCCGGCGCCCCCACGGCCUUCACACCCUUCGCCUCGGCCCCGGACAGCGACAUGGAACUGAUCCCCGGAGACGACGACGAGAACGGCUACCCCCACUCGGACGACGGCUACGCCUCCGCGUCCGACGCCGGCGUCGCGGGCGACGGCACCUACUCCUUGACGCCCAGCGUCACCGACUUUGUCUACCAGGAUGGCCGCAGUUUUCAUCGUUUCCGCGAGGGUCGCUACCACUUCCCCAACGACGAGCCCGAGCAGCGUCGAGAGCUCAUGAAGCACGACGCCAUGAUGCUCCUCCGCAACGCACGGCUGCACUACGCUCCGCUGCAGAAUCCGCAGAGGAUCCUCGAUGUGGGAACGGGAGUAGGCGCGUGGGCCGAGGAGAUGGGCGAUAUGUAUCCAGGGGCUGCCAUCAUCGGCCUCGACCUGAGUCCGAUUCAGUUCCUGAUGCUGCCGCCAAACGUCACUUUCAUCAUAGACGACGCUGAAGACGAAUGGGACGACCCUCCCAACACGCUGGACUUUGUACGCCUAGGAAACAUGGCCCCCUCGAUCCGUGACUGGCCGAGACUGUUCCGGAGCGCAUACACAUCCCUCAAACCAGGCGGCUGGAUCGAGCUCCACGAGUUCCGCUGGGUAUACAGCUGCGACGACGGCACCAUGCCCGCAGACUACGCCCCGGCUCGCAUGGUGGGCCACCUCAAAGAGGCCCUGCGGCUCUCUGACACGGACAUGAACGCCGCGGAGCGGAACCCAGAGCGUCUCCGCGACGCCGGCUUCGUCAACAUCAAGCACACGGUGAAGAAGGUGGCCGUCGGGCCCUGGCCCAAGGACGAUACCAAAAAGUUCAUCGGCCUGCUGACGCACGACGUCAUCUACGAGGGCCUCGAGGCCAUCACGCUGCGCCCGUUUGUGAACAUUCUGAAGUGGUCGCAUGGCGAGGUCGCGAGCUUUCUGGACGAGGUGCGCAGGGACCUCAAGAACCCUUCGGUGCACGCCUAUGUGUAUUUUCACGUUCUCAUCGGUCAGAAACCGUUUUUUCCAAUGACGCGGUGA